AUGGACGAGUUCGCCGAGCCGGAGCCAGGGGAGCCGCUCGCGGCCACGCCGGGCGGGUCCUCGAAGACCGGCACGCCGCCUCGCGCCCGGAGCCAGCGGCCCGCGGAGUUCGCGAACUUUCCUGCGCGGCCGCGCUCCGAGUUUCAGUUUCCGGGCGCUCCUGUAAAAUCCCCUAAGGCCUGGGCGGCGGCCCGGCUGCCCGCCCUCCCUCUUGGCCCGGUCUCCUCGCCCGGUCCCCCGCCGCAACCCGUGUCCCGCGCGACAGACGCCACCGCCUACCCGAAGCGCACAGGGAGCCGCAGCGGAAGCCGAUUGGUUGGAUCCGCCCCCGCCGCCGGCCGCCCCCGAGUUCGUCUGACUGACAGACGCCACGGCCUACCCGAAGCGCACAGGGAGCCGCAGCGGAAGCCGAUUGGUCGGAUCCGCCCCCGCCGCCGGUCGCCCCAGAAACGCCUGACAGACAGACGGCACGGCCUACCUCAAGCGCGCAGGGAGCCGCAGCGGGCGCUGAUUGGUCACCGCUGUCGCGCCCCAAAGCCCUCGGCCCUCCGCGCCGACGAGCUACACGAGAACAGGCCGGUGCAGGCCGUGUCGGUCCUCACGGAGGCGGUGAUGCAGGCCGGGACACGAGGAGCGAGCGCGGCCGGAGCGUGCGAUGUGCUGCCAGGCGCCGCCCGCGCCGUCCAGCGGCCACCAGGACCGAGGCCUCAGAGGGCCCGGGAGGACCUGGGCAUCGAGAACAACCUGGGGGUGGGGCGUCGAGGGCGCCUGCAGGGUGGCAAGGAUGACCUCAGGAUGGGCGCUGGCAGCGGCCACGGCCGGGAGGGAGCCUGCAGCAGCCAGUGGAGAGGCCUUGGAGACUGCCGGCCGAUGGUGACCGGAAGUCUUACAGCUGCCCACGGUGUUAUCCCCAUCAAAGUGACUGUCAUACCAAAAUGA